GUAAAUAUUGAACUAUGUUUUAUCUCUAGAGUAAAUAUUGAACUAUGUUUUAUCUCUAGAGUAAAUAUUGAACUAUGUUUUAUCUCUAGAGUAAAUAUUGAACUAUGUUUUAUCUCUAGUGUAAAUAUUAAACUAUGUUUUAUCUCUAGUGUAAAUAUUAAACUAUGUUUUAUCUCUAGAGUAAAUAUUGAACUAUGUUUUAUCUCUAGAGUAAAUAUUAAACUAUGUUUUAUCUCUAGAGUAAAUAUUGAACUAUGUUUUAUCUCUAGAGUAAAUAUUGAACUAUGUUUUAUCUCUAGAGUAAAUAUUGAACUAUGUAUUAUCUCUAGAGUAAAUAUUGAACUAUGUUUUAUCUCUAGAGUAAAUAUUGAACUAUGUUUUAUCUCUAGAGUAAAUAUUAAACUAUGUUUUAUCUCUAGAGUAAAUAUUGAACUAUGUUUUAUCUCUAGAGUAAAUAUUGAACUAUGUUUUAUCUCUAGAGUAAAUAUUGAACUAUGUAUUAUCUCUAGAGUAAAUAUUGAACUAUGUUUUAUCUCUAGAGUAAAUAUUGAACUAUGUUUUAUC